AUGGCGGCUCUUUGCUUCAUCCACCCUCUAAACUACCUCCUCUUAGGCUUCAUGGAGACCUUAAGUGACCUCCUUAGAGACCUCCAAGAAUAUGGGAACAUGUCACAUCUCUUCUCUUCGCCCUUCAAUGUCUUCUACAUCAUAUUCAUUUUUGGUUACUCAAUCUUCUCCACCGCGGGCGUGUCUCAAACCGUCGCCGCCUUAUACUCCGGCCGAGAACCAUCCGUUAAGGACACCAUGAGCGUCGUAGCCAAGGUUUGGAAGCGAGUUCUAGUCACGUUUCUUUGUGUUGUUUUGGUUUUCUUGGCAUAUCAUAUCAUAGCUGGAUUUGGUUUGUUCUUGAUUGUUUGGCAAUUUGGGAAAGCUGAUGGAACAAAUUUAGCUAUGUUCUUGAUUCUUUACUUAAUUGGGUUGUUGUAUUUGAUCGUUAUUCUCCAAUUGGCUGGGGUUGUUUCUGCGUUGGAAGAGUCAUGUGGGUUUCAAGCCAUGGCUAAAAGUAGGUUGCUUUUGAAGGGAAAGAUGGUGUCGGCGGUUGUCGUCGUGUCGGCGAUUUAUUCGAGUUUUGGGAUUGUUCUAUGGUUAGAUGAUCUUGUUAGAAAGAUGCCUUAUUUGCUGUCCUUGGUUAAUAUGAUGGUGCAUGUGUCGGCGAGCCUUGCAUUACUGUUGUUGAUUUUGGUUUUCUUGUUGUGGAGGCUCGUGUUGGAGACCAUGUUUUACUUUGUAUGUAAAUCAUAUCAUCAAGAGAGUAUCGACAUAUUGGAUCUCUCAGAUCAAGAACAUGGUCUUCCAAGAAGCUCACAAUGUUAA